GGCUAACUCUGACGUCAUCACCUCCUGCUAGGACCGGGAUGUGACGUACUGAUGCUCCGCGGACUCGCCCGCAGGUAAAGAGCAGCUUUCGGAGGUUCUCACGGUGAACGCGGCGGAUCGUACCCGGAACGGCCCCCUGACGUCCCUCUGAGAGGAGCCGGAGCACGCGGAGGAAACACGGUUUGCGUCGGGCUGCUGACGGGAGCGCGGCGGGAUGAGCGGGGCGGCUCUCGGCAUCGAGAUCGUGGUGGUGUUUUUUUUGGCGCUGUUCCUGCUGCACCGAUAUGGAGACUUCAAGAAGCAGCAGCGCAUGGUGCUGUUCGGCACGCUGCUGGCCUGGUACCUGUGCUUCCUCAUCGUCUUCAUCCUGCCCCUGGACGUCAGCACGACCAUCUACAGGCAGUGCAAGAAGGAGCACGAGGAGCAGGCUUCUGUUCUCAGCCCGCUGCCGUCCAAUCACAGCACAGCAAACACGACUGCUGCACCCAGCAAAAGUGUACUGACGCCGUGCUACAAGCCGUGGAGCUACAUCCCCGACGGCAUCAUGCCGGUGUUCUGGAGGGUGGUGUACUGGACGUCUCAGUGCCUCACAUGGCUGCUGCUGCCCUUCAUGCAGUCGUACGCUCGCUCCGGAGGCUUCUCCAUCACCGGGAAGAUCAAAACGGCGCUGAUAGAGAACGCCAUUUAUUACGGCACCUACCUGCUCAUUUUCGGCUCCCUGCUCAUUUACGUGGCCGUUCACCCGGAGUGGCACCUCUCCUGGUACGAGCUGCAGACCAUCGGGAUCACUGCCGCCAACACCUGGGGUCUGUUCCUGCUGGUGCUGCUGCUUGGGUACGGGCUGGUGGAGAUCCCUCGCUCCUACUGGAACGCCUCCCGACACGGACACCUGCUCAUCAAGACGUACUUCAAGGCUUCCAAGCUGAUGACGGAGAAGGCGGACGCAGAGGAGAACCUGGAGGACGUCAUGGAGGAGGUGAGAAAAGUCAGCGAGUCCAUCAAAUACAACCACCCGCUGAGGAAGUACAUCGACACCAUCCUCAGGAAAUGCCCUCUGGAUUACCAGGAGAAGAUGGGCAGGAACAUGGACGACUACGAGGACUUUGAUGACAAACAGAACACCUACCCGACAGAGAAGAGCCUCGUGAAGCUUCACAAACAGGUGAUCUACGCGGUGCAGAGACACAACAGGACUCGUGUGCAGUGGCAGAUCCUCCUGCAGCAGGCCAUCCACCUGGAGGACGUCGCCAAGAACGAGACCAGCUCCACCCACCAGUUCGUCCACAGCUUCCCGUCAUCUGAGCCGGCCGGCUGGUUCAGCAGAUACAUCUACACCCCGACUGUAGAGUGGUACUGGCAGUGCCUCCUGAAGCGCUGGUUUUACCGGCUCCUCUCCGUCGUCCUGACUCUGUUCAGCGUGGCCGUGGUUUGGUCCGAGUGCACCUUCUUCAGCACCCGGCCCGUCCUCUCGCUGUUCGCCAUCUUCAUCCAGCUGGCUGAGAGAGACUACAACUACCUGUACAUCGAGAUGGCGUGCUUCAUCACAAUCUUCUUCCUGUGUACCUGCGUUUACUCCACCGUCUUCCGCAUCCGAGUCUUCAACUACUACUACCUGGCCUCCCAUCACCAGACCGACGCCUACAGCCUCCAGUUCAGCGGCAUGCUCUUCUGUCGUUUGACUCCUCCGCUGUGUCUCAACUUCCUGGGUCUGAUCCACAUGGACUCGGCCAUCUCCCACCAGAACAAGCUGCAGACUGCGUACACCUCUAUCAUGGGCUCGAUGCGCGUUCUCUCUUUCAUCGCUAACGGCUUCUACAUCUACUACCCCAUGCUGAUCGUCAUUCUCUGCAUCGCCACCUACUUCAGUUUGGGGACUCGCUGCCUGAACCUUCUGGGCUUCCAGCAGUUUAUGGAUGACAGUGAAAUGACCUCUGACCUGAUCGACGAGGGGAAGGAGCUGAUCCGACGGGAGAAAAGAAAGAGGCAGAGGAUUGAAGAUGGAGAGAGCAGACGGAGGGAGUGGAAGGAGCGAUACGGAAACCCGAGAGAAGACUACGCCGCGAGGAACAGGAGCAGCCACGAGAUGAAGGAGACCAGCUACUCAGACACGGUGAACUCCAGCAACAGCAGACAGGCCAAAUAUACCCGCUCCGGGAGCCGAGCGGAGCGGGAUCGCAUCGAGCUGCUGCAGGACGCCGAGCCUUUAGACUUCAACGCCGACGCGCUGACAGACGACCCACUGGACCCCGAAUCUGGAAGGCACUCAGGAGGACGGUAUCUGUCCAUGUCUUCGUCUCGUAGCCGAAUAUUUGAUGACGUGUAGAUGAACCGUGAGUCUGAGCCAUAAACUGGAGCGUCUACCUGCAGAGAGCGAAUGUACAGCAUGGCCUCGUCACUCGGCAUGCAUGAUGAUAAAAACCCGCUCAGGUGUGUCUGUGAACUCCUCUCACCUGGAAAUAUCUUCAUCAACACUUUGCAUCAGUUUUUGUCCCGGCUUGGCUGCAGGUCCAUGAAGGCACUUUUGAACAUUAAAGUUACUCGUAUGAAUGAAACACGUGACACACGUCACAGUUUCCUGUUUGGCUGCGAGUCAUGAAGGCCGGAGGAACAGCCAGAGCACAUGAUCCAGACUCACUGCAUCACUUUAACCAGAGGUUUCAUGAAGGUCCUGCUUAUUAUAUUUAAUUUAUAGUUUUGAUUCUUUAAUGUUGUAGAUUUAUGUGUUGGGAUCAGCUGAUAAACCUCAUCGGUCUGCACACUGUUUCACCUUCAGUCACAGAAGGAGCUCAGAUCUUCAUAGUGUUUAAUGUGCAGCAUCAUUUAAUCUGUAUUUAUGUGUAAUUUAAACCUGAUUGGGAGGUGAUGGUUAUGAAACCGUGUGAUCAAAAACAACUUCAGUGCAUUAAAUAUAAAUUUAUACUGUUUGGAAACACUGACCGUGUGCAGUUCUGUGCAAAAGUCUUGACUCACCUCAUAUCUUUAUAUGUUGCUGGAAAAAUGGGAAAAGGUGCAAACACAUGGAAAUACAGCAUCUAAGACAAAACAGAGAUUUUAUAAUUCUACCAAAACCUUUAUUGUCCAUCACAGUCUGGACUUGUCUUCAGGAACAGUUCUCCAGCUUCUUGAAGGACAUUAAAGCUCUUCUUUGGAUGUUUCUGCCUUUUGUUGAUGGUGAUGAAGAUGGGCCAUCGCUGCUUCAGUAAUAUCUGAUCCACGGCUGACUCUGUAUAUCCAGGUUUUACUGCACUGGCAGCGUGUUUGUGAUGAUUGUCAGGCUAAAAAUGAAGCUGCUGCCAAUCAGAAGCUUUCCAGACGGUGCACGGUGGAUCAAAAUCUGAUCGCACUUUCUGCAUUCAUAAUUCCAUCAAUUUUGAUGAUCUCCAUCUCCACUGGCUGAGCUGCAGUUUAGAUUUAGAUUCAACUAAAGAAAUGGGAGCAGAUGAUGUGUUUGUGUGACAGGCUGCGAGUAACAAAGCGCCUAAAGACACAAUUCAAAAUGAGUUUUUUGCUGAGCUGUCAGUCACGUGCAGACUCAGCAUGGCUUCAUCCCUUGAGAAAAACCUGGAUAUGCUUUCAGAAAGCUGGAGAACUGUUGCUCAAGAGCACUUUAGAAAUUACAACAAAGUGUUGGAAGCAAAAUAUAAAGAAAUGAAGAUCAGUUCAAAACUUUAGCACAGUAAUGUAUCUGCCAUGUUGAAGGAAAAAAUGACAGAUUAUAGAAGUAAGAAAAAGAGAUCUUUAAAACCUGUUUUUGUCUGUUUCAGGCUGCAUGUCAAAGCUUAACGUCUGUGAUUCUUACAAAGCUGUCGUGUUUUAGAGCUUUGAAUGGGUCAUUCUUGCCUUCCAGGCAGCCACUGUUAGUUUCUUAAGAAGGCAGUUCAACUAUAAACUUAUUGAUUUCAUAUUUGUGUAGAGAGAACAGAAGUUCAUCCGUGUGCUGUAAGAUUUAUUGUUGGUCUGUUUACAUUCAUGGAAAUGUAAAGAACCGAGAACCGAUCCCUGAGGAACCCCAGGAAUCACUGUGGGGUUUUGUUGAUCAUUUCCUAAACCUCCAUCUUAAUUUCUCUGAUUAGAAACAGUUUUGUUGUUUGUGACGGUUGUUGAAGGUGAGGUCGUACUUUGGCCUUACACUUUAUAUCUCAAAACAUUUUACAAGUUAUGGUAGCAUCCAGUUUGUCCUGAUUUCACGACAGGAAGAUGAGCUGUCACUGGGAGAACGGGGGGGGUGCACCUUAGACAGGACAGAGACCGAAAACCACACCCUCUCACAAUUACCCCAGUGGCCAAUGUAGAAUCACCACCAACAACAUGUGUUUGCACAGUGGGAGGAAACCCAAGCAGGCACAGGAGAACAUUCAAAUUCCACAAACAAACACCCAGAACCUUCCUGCUGUGGGCAGUGAUGGACAGCACCACUGCACCAACCAAAUACAACAUAUUCAUGUAUUUCCUGUGUUACAGGAGUGUGUAGUAACAAGGUGAUUACAGAGUGCACCUUUAAGUUUCUGGUAUUUAAAGCUUAAUUAAGCCUCUUUUGACAUUAGUGUUUUAUUAAAAGGUUUAAAGAUCAAAGGAUCUUUCAGUGAAAGGUCACCGGUUUGAUCCGGUUGCGUCAGGAAACUGACACAGUCAGAAGGACCUCACUGUGAGUGCAGGAAUGCUGUCAUGGAGCCUCUGAUACAACUCCAGUUUGUCCUGCUGCUCAGAGUCAGAGAGAGUACAGUAACAGCUGCCUGGAAUGUAGGAAACAUCUGUGGUUACAGUAAACAAUGAUAUGAAGUGAGCUCAUGUCCAGAAACACUGAACUGCUCCUUUAAAUCUGAUGAAGAUCCUGCUGGCAGGUUCAGCUCAGAUCUUCAGUCAGAAAGGUUGAUGGUCGGGAUAAAACUGGACUCACUGACACUUCUGUACAUAUGUAUGAUAUCUUUUGUAUGAUAUGGGCUGAUUAUUGUUGAUAGCUGUGACUUUGUGUUUAUAUUCCUUGCAGCCUGUUAGCGCUGUACCUCCUCCUGGUCAAACAGCUCCUUCCUGUAGUGUUUCUGUCUCAUCGUGUUGGUGAUUCUGGUGAUGAAUAUUUAUUAUCCAACAUGAUCUCAGCACUUUUUUUUCUGGUUCUGGAGCCGGAGAGUAGAACUCGUGCUGAUCUGAAUCCUGUGAUUUAUGGUAGUGAUUUAUUCCCAAUACAAAACAAUAAUGUUACACAAUAAAAAUGAUCGU